AACGACGGAGGGGUCUUAAAACCUACGUAACGUAUCCAAGAAGAGACUUGGUUACGGACACAGCGGAACGGUCAACGACUGAGAGCAAAGAUGACCCCGGAGAUCUUCUCGGUCGUUUCGAGCUGAACGCACAACGCAGCGUGUGUUGCUUUUCAUCAGUCAGCCUGCUUUAACAGUUUUAUUUGUUGCACAGCGCUGACCUGGGAAAAAGAAACAACAAGCCAGUUUAAAUUAAUGCGCUGAUGAUGCGACCUCGUGCCACAGGCUACUGGCGAAUCAGUUUUAAAUGUCAGAAGUAGGAGUUAAAUUUGCGGAGCGGAGGCAACGGAUGACUGUGUGACACUCAGUCGGUAGCUGCUACUAAACUGGUUUUUCUGAAUCCGGGUGAUCAGGUUUCCUCCCCUCCUCUCCACCAUGGAUGCGCUCGUUCACCACCUUGUCGACGCUGUAUGGUGUCUUUUUGCUGCUUUUUCCCUGGCGCUGGUGCUCGCUGCUUACAAACUUGGCUUGUUUUACCAACUCUUUCACAAGACUGAGACCAAGAGUUCUCGUUAUGGCGGGGAGAGGGUGGCGGAGGUACUGCAGGCGCAUGGUGUCAAGUUUGUCUUCACCCUGGUUGGAGGGCACAUCUCACCUAUAUUGGUGGCCUGCGAGAAGAUUGGCAUCCGCAUAGUGGACACCCGGCAUGAGGCUACUGCCGUCUUCGCGGCUGAUGCCGUUGCCAGGCUUUCCGGCACCAUUGGCGUCGCUGCUGUGACGGCUGGACCAGGUCUUACCAACACUGUAACAGCGGUGAAGAAUGCACAGAUGGCCGAAUCACCCGUGCUCCUGAUAGGAGGUGCUGCUGCCACGCUCCUGCAGGGUAGAGGUGCCCUGCAGGACAUCGACCAAAUGUCCCUUUUCAAGCCGCUUUGCAAGUUCUGUGCCUCGGUGCGGACCGUGCGGGAGAUCGUGCCUGUUUUGAGGAAGGCCUUAGCCAUUGCUCAGUCUGGGACACCAGGUCCUGUGUUUGUGGAGUUCCCCAUCGACACGCUGUACCCAUUCCAUUUGGUGGAGAGGGAAUUUGCAGCCAAAGGCUCUCCUAAAGGAUUGGUGGGAAAUGCCAUUGCCUGGUACCUCCGCAAUCACCUGAGAAACCUUUUUGCUGCGUGGGAGCCCAGGAUCCUCUCCCCGCUACCUGUGCGCAUUCCUCAUGCCACAGACCAUCAGGUGCAGCAGUGUGCGGAACUGGUGAGCAGGGCCAAGAAGCCAGUGAUCUUGCUUGGCAGCCAGGCGACACUCCCCCCAACUCCAGUGGAUCACAUCAGGACGGCACUUGAGUCUAUGGGUAUCCCCUGCUUCCUGGGUGGAAUGGCCCGAGGCAUGCUGGGAAGAGACAGCCCCCUGCACAUUCGGCAGAACAGACGGGACGCUCUGAAGGAAGCUGACCUGGUUGUUCUGGCUGGCACUGUGUGUGACUUCAGGAUGAAUUAUGGGCGCGUCUUGAAUCGGCGCAGCAAGAUCAUUGCAGUCAAUCGAGAUAAGAAGCAGCUGCUGAAGAACACGGACAUGUUUUGGAAGCCCACCAUUGCCAUUCAGGGAGAUGCAGGGUCCUUCUUGCUGCGCCUCUCCAAAGGCCUGGCUGGACACCGGUGUCCCGAGGACUGGCUGCAGAGCCUCAAAGAGGGAGACAUCACCAAAGAGAGAGCAAAUCGAGCAAAGGCGGUGGAGAAAACAGAGCAACACCUUAACCCGCUCAAUGUCCUCCACCAUGUGGAGGACCUCAUGGAUGAGGACAGCAUCAUUGUGGCAGAUGGGGGGGACUUUGUGGGCAGCGCUGCGUACAUCCUCAGGCCCCGAGGCCCACUCUGCUGGCUGGACCCAGGGGCAUUUGGGACACUGGGAGUUGGAGGUGGAUUUGCACUUGGGGCAAAACUCUGCAGGCCCCAAUCCGAGGUCUGGAUCAUAUAUGGAGAUGGAUCUCUAGGAUUCAGUGUGGCAGAAUUUGAUACCUUCACUCGACACAAGACCCCAGUGAUUGCCCUCGUGGGGAACGAUGCAUGCUGGAGCCAGAUCUCCAGGGAGCAGGUGCCCAUUUUAGGCAGUAAUGUUGCUUGUGGGUUAGCUUUCACAGAUUACCACAUUGUAGCGGAUGGUUAUGGUGGCAAGGGCAUCUUGAUUGGGCGAGAAGAUGAAGCCAGUCUGGAUGAGAUCAUCAGAAAGGCCCAGCAGGAGGCACAACAAGGGAAGGCGAUGCUCCUCAAUGUCCUCAUUGGAAAGACCAACUUCAGACAGGGCUCCAUCUCUGUAUAGAAGGGCCUGCUGCAUGUUCUCUCUUGUUAAAGUAAUCGCUCUCCUUGUGAAGUAAUCAUGAAGUUUUCUUUUGCUGUGUCUCAUACAGCAAAAUAGAAGCGAUUCCUAAUGUUCUUCCAAAGUGCUGCUUUUCACAAGUGAUAACAUUUUAUGUGGGAGUUUUGGAGACUAGUGAAUUCUGGAUGUAAACACUUCCCUAUUAAUUUGUUUUAAUUGCUUUAUAUCUUUAUUUGGUUUUUGAUUAGGGAAACUGACUAUCUAAGCAGGUUUGAACUUUUUAGUGUCUGGCCCACUGGAAAUGUUUUGGAGCUCCAGUUUUAUUGGAGGCUAUCCGCUAAACUCUCAAACGGUACCAAACUGACAAAUACCUACUGAUACCUAAAGCUGGUGUGUUUUAAUUUUGUGCAAAUAUGGUCACAUACACCGUUUGCCUUUGAUUUUAUUGAAACAUGUUAGUCUUCUGUUUUAAAGGCAAUAUGGCUUGUAACAGAUGAUUAACAACUCACUUUGAGAUAUUUCGUGAUUGAAUCCUAAUAUGUGUACUACUGAAGAAGUCACUGAUCUGUUUAACAUACCUAGAUCUGUUGCUUUUAAGAUUGAAGAUUAUGUGCCUCUAAUUAUUGAAUGUAUAACUUGAGCAGUAAAUUUAAAAAUUGUUCUCUAAUGUGCUUUAAACUACAAAAUAAGGGUUUUAAAUAAUCACUAAUUAAUUGUAAUAUUUCCCCCUCUAUUUUUUUGUCCAGAAUUGGAAUUGUACACAUCAUGAUCUUCAGAUAUAUCUUACAUUAACUCUUCUUCAACAUGUGAAAAAUGGGCUACCUACAAAAAUUUUCAAUCUUGUAUGUUUAUUAAAUAUGAUGUAGGUUCACUGUGGAUUUACCUCAACAGUUGGAAAAACUUUUUGUUGCACCUUGUUAAUUUUAAACAGACUUGUAAAACCUUGUUUUGUGUCAUUUUGAACAAAACUACAUGUUUACAUAGUUGCUCUAUUUAAGGAAUAUCUCAAGGAAAUUUCUAAGUAAUGAUGCUUAUGUUUUUAUUAGGAUAUACUUUUUUUAGCAUGAGACAUGGCAAAACUGAGCCUGAGCUGCUUGGUGGGGUUCAGGUCCAGCUGAGACUGUGUGGAGUCUGCAUUUUCUCCCCAUGUUUUCCCUCUCCAUUGAUGCUCUGAAUAUCACUUCUGUUCCUCCCUUGCCUUAGAAACUAUGCCAGUGGUUGCUCUGAGUUGGGAUUGAUGGCACACAAAUCCCUACUGUUUAACAACUUAUUUUAUGAAGAAAUGGAAUUCAAAGAUGAAUAACUGAAGUGUAACUUUUUCUAUUUCAAUAAAGCCAACUAUGAAGCUACAA